AUGUCGGGCCACCAGAACAACCAGUACUCCACGCAAGGGCAGCAGCCCUCCCUCGUGAUGGGCAUGGCCAUCGGCAACGACCCGAAGGCGUACGAGGCGUACCAGUGGUCCCAGGGCAAGGCCGCGCAGCUCAACAGCCAGAGCGCCCAGAUCGCCCAGGCGGUCGGCUAUGGCGGCCCGUCGUCGAACACUUCCCAGCAGACUGGCGGCGGUAGCUCGGGUGGCUCGGCGCCCGCGUACACCUACUACCCUACCAACUACCAGGGCAAGUAG